AUAUUUUCUGCGUGCCGCUUAUUUCGAAAAGAGAAUUAUCGCAAAAUGUUUUAUUUUAUUGGUUUGGGCUUAGGAGAUGCAGAAGACAUUACUGUCAAAGGAUUACGAAUAGUCAAAGCUGCAAAGAGAGUAUAUUUAGAAUCGUAUACAUCGAUUAUUACAGGAGGGAAAGAAAAACUCGAAGAAUUUUAUGGCCGUGAAAUAAUAUUAGCUGAUAGAGAGAUGGUUGAGCAAAAUUCGGACGAGAUAUUAAAAGAUGCAGAUAAAGAGGACGUUGCUCUUUUAGUUGUAGGGGACCCUUUUGGAGCGACGACGCAUACUGAUUUUAUCUUGAGAGCCAAAGAAUUAAACAUAGAAUACACAACUAUUCACAAUGCAUCAAUCAUGAACGCAGUUGGUUGUUGCGGAUUACAACUCUAUCAUUUUGGUCAGACCGUGUCAAUAGUUUUUUGGACGGAAACGUCAAAACCUGACAGCUUCUACGACAAAAUAGCAGUCAAUAGAAAAAAUGGUUUCCACACCUUGUGUUUAUUAGACAUUAAAGUAAAAGAGCAAACCAUAGAAAAUCUUAUGAGAGGAAGAAAAAUAUACGAACCACCUCGAUAUAUGCCUUGCUCACUAGCUGCCGAACAACUUUUAGAAAUUAUAGAAAAUAAGAAAGAAGAUGGCGAAACAGACUUAGCUUUUAAUGAGGAUACAAUAUGCGUCGGUUUAGGUCGAGUUGGCUGCGCGAACCAAAAAAUAGUUGCAGCAAAAUUAAAAGAAUUUCCAUGUAUAGAUAUGGGCGAGCCAUUACAUUCGUUUAUAAUAACUGGAAAUAUGCACUUAAUGGAAAUAGAUAUGCUAAAAAUGUUUGCUCUUGAACCAACAACAAUAAAAUAA